UGUCUAUUUGAUUUCCCUUAACCAUGCCGAGACGGUGUUUCGCGUCGAUUCUGACUUGCGUCUGAGCGCCGGCGGGUUUGCUUUCAUUCUCUCUCUCUCUCUCUCCCCCUCUGUGUGAGUGUGUGUGAGUGUGUGUGUCGCUCUUUCAUUCAUACGCGGGGUGUUUACUUUUUUUUCUUCCUCCGCGCAAAAGAAAACGCACCGGUCCGGUUUCGCCCCCCAGCCGUGCGCUAUUUGGUGAUGGAGUUUACCCGGUGGCCGGGAGCCGCUACGUGAGACGUGUGAAGGCUUUUUGUGGUGUUGCACCAAAGCGGACCGCAGUUCAGCGGAUGGAAGAUGACCGGUGAAGGUUUUCGCCGAACGACCGCUCGCUGACGUUCGCCGGGCCUGGAUACAUUUUCUUCCCCCACGUUCGUUCCCUCUCAUCAGUCUUCAAACAACUGUCAUUGUCUGGCAUCUGGAGGAUCUUGAAGAACAAAAUGGCUGCUUCACUGUGUAAAUGUCCCCUGCUGUACGGCCUCCUGUUCCUUCUGGCCUUUUCUCAGUGCUCUCAAGCGUUCAGUCGAGCGGCUCUCCCGUUCGGCCUGGUACGCCGAGAGCUCUCGUGCGAAGGUUACCCCAUCGACCUCCGAUGCCCGGGGAGCGACGUCAUCAUGAUCGAGACGGCCAACUACGGCCGCACGGACGACAAGAUCUGCGACGCCGACCCAUUCCAGAUGGAAAACAUCAACUGCUACCUCCCAGAUGCCUACAAAAUCAUAUCUCAGAGAUGUAACAACCGGACACAAUGUGUCGUUAUCACUGGGUCAGACGUCUUUCCAGAUCCUUGUCCUGGGACAUACAAGUAUCUCGAAGUCCAAUAUGAGUGUGUCCCAUAUAUUUUCAUUUGUCCCGGGACUUUGAAAGCGGUGGGGGAACCGGUUUUUACCUUCGAGGCCGAGCAGCAAGCGGGGGCUUGGUGCAAAGACCCCCUGCAAGCUGGGGACAAGAUCUAUUUCAUGCCAUGGACGCCAUACCGUACAGACACACUAAUCGAAUACAACUCGCUCGAGGAUUUCCGUAACGGCAAGCAAAUGACGACAUACAAGCUGCCUCACCGAGUGGAUGGCACCGGAUUCGUGGCCUACGAUGGCGCCAUCUUCUUCAACAAGGAGCGUACGAGGAACAUUGUCAAGUUCGACCUGCGCACACGCAUCAAGAGCGGCGAGGCCAUAGUGGCCAAUGCUAAUUACCAUGACACUUCACCUUAUCGCUGGGGAGGCAAGACUGACAUCGAUCUGGCUGUUGACGAGCGGGGAUUGUGGGUAAUCUAUGCGACAGAGCAGAACAACGGGCGCAUCGUCUUGAGCCAGCUGAACCCAUACACGCUGCGGUUCGAGGCCACGUGGGAUACGGCGUACGACAAGCGCUCAGCCUCGGACGCCUUCAUGGUGUGUGGCGUGUUGCACGUGGUGCGCUCUAGCUAUGAGGAGAAUGAGAGCGAGGCUAGCAAGAGCCAUAUCGACUACGUCUACUACACCAAGCUGGGCCGCGGCGAGUACACAGACAUCCCCUUCCCCAACAACUAUCAGUACAUCACUGCUGUGGAUUACAACCCUCGAGACAACCAGCUCUAUGUGUGGAAUCAUUUCUACAUCCUGCGCUACGAGCUGGAGUUCGGCCUGCCAGAUCCUGACGAAGUGUCGACGCUCGCAGACGGGGUCACGUCAACCGCAUUCCCCAGAAGAACCACGACUGCCUUGAGCACCAGCAGCAGCUCCACACAUCGAAUACUGGCCAACAGCACGGUCACUGUUAACCCCAAACUGAGCAAAGGACCUCAUGAGCCUGCAGUGGAGAAUCCUGGGGGUGUAGAUCCCACCAAUGCUGGUCCCCAACCUCCCAGCAGACAGUUCUGCGAGAGCAUUGAGAUCCGAGACAUCGUCUGGCCUCGUACACACAGGGGUGUCACCGUGGAGCGGCCAUGUCCCAAAGGAACUAGAGGUAUUGCCUUAUACCUCUGCACAGCUGUGAGUGGUACGUGGAACCCAAAGGGACCAGACCUGAGCAACUGCACCUCCCACUGGGUCACACAGGUGGCGCAAAAGAUCCGGAGUGGAGAGAACGCGGCGAACCUGGCCAAUGAGCUGGCGCGCCACACGCACGGCCCUGUGUUUGCCGGCGACGUCAGCUCCAGCGUCAGGCUCAUGGAGCAGCUGGUGGACAUCCUGGACGCACAGCUUCAGGAGCUCAGGCCCAGCGAGAAGGACUCGGCUGGACGCAGCUUCAACAAGCGCCAAAAGCGAGAAAAGACGUGCAGGGCCUAUAUGAAGGCCAUCGUGGACACGGUGGAUAACCUCCUGAGACCGGAAGCGCUGAAGUCGUGGGAGGACAUGAACUCGACGGAGCAAACGCACGCCGCCACCAUGCUGCUGGACACGCUGGAGGAAGGAGCCUUCGUCCUCGCCGACAACCUGAUCGAGCCGGCUGUCGUCAAAGUGCCUGCGGAGAACAUAAUGUUGGAUGUGUACGUGUUGAGCACAGACGGCCACGUUCAGGAUUUCAAGUUUCCUCAGACAAGCAAAGGAGGCGCCACUAUCCAGCUCCCCGCCAACACGGUCAAAUUGAACAGCAAGAAUGGUGUUGCAAAGCUGGUCUUUGUGCUGUACAAACACCUUGGGCGCUUUUUGACCAUGGAGAACGCCACCCUCAGGCUGGUGAGUGAAGGAGGAGUGAGGAACCACACACUCACCGUCAACUCCCACAUCCUGUCUGCAUCCAUCAACAAAGAGUCCAGUCGCAUCUUUGUCUCUGAGCCUGUCGUCUUCACACUCGAACACCUUGAUACCGAGAAUUACUUCAACCCAAACUGUUCGUUUUGGAACUACUCAGAGAGAAGCAUGAUGGGAUACUGGUCCACUCAAGGAUGCAAGCUCCUGGGGACAAAUAAGACCCACACCACCUGCUCGUGCAGUCACCUCACCAACUUCGCCAUCCUCAUGGCCCACCGAGGACAUGUGGGUGACGGAAGCGUCCACGAUUUUCUUCUGAGCGUGAUCACGCGCAUGGGCAUGGCCGUGUCGCUCGUCUGCCUGGCCAUCAGCAUCUUCACCUUCUGCUUCUUCCGCGGCCUGCAGAGCGACCGCAACACCAUCCACAAGAACCUGUGCAUCAACCUCUUCAUCGCCGAGCUCUUCUUCCUCGUGGGAUUCAACAUGACCGAACCUCCGAUCGUGUGCUCGGUUAUAGCCGGGAUUCUUCAUUUCUUUUUCCUGGCGGCGUUCACUUGGAUGUGUCUGGAAGGCGUGCAGCUGUAUGUCAUGCUCGUCGAGGUCUUCGAGAGCGAGUUCUCGCGCCGGAAGUACUAUUACGCAGCCGGAUACCUCUUCCCAGCCGUAGUGGUCGCCAUCUCGGCGGCCAUCGACUACAGGAGCUACGGGACCAAGAGAGCCUGUUGGCUGAGAGUCGAUAACCACUUCAUCUGGAGCUUCAUCGGCCCCGUCGCCUUCGUUAUAACGCUCAAUCUGGCCUUCCUGGUCGUGACCAUGUACAAGAUGGUGAAGCACUCCACCUCGGUGAAGCCCGACUCCAGCCGCCUGGAGAGCAUCAGGUCAUGGGUGCUGGGAGCGUUCGCGUUGCUCUGUCUGCUCGGCCUCACCUGGUCGUUCGGGUUGUUCUUCCUCAACGAGUCGUCCGUCGUCAUGGCCUACCUCUUCACCGUCUUCAACACACUGCAAGGGAUGUUCAUCUUCAUCUUCCACUGUCUCCUCCAGAAGAAGGUGCGUAAAGAAUACGGAAAGUGUUUCCGUCAGUCUCAGUGCUGCGGCGCUUUGCCCCCGGACAGCUCUCACAGCGUGGGCAAGACGUCCACAUCUCGCUCCACGGCCCGAUACUCCUCCGCUACUCAGAGUCGUAUCAGGCGGAUGUGGAACGACACGGUGAGGAAGCAGUCCGAGUCUUCCUUCAUCUCCGGAGACAUCAACAGCACCUCGACACUGAACCAAGGAAUGACUGGCAACUAUCUCCUAACUAACCCCCUCCUUCGAGCACACGACACUAACAACCCUUAUAAUAACCUCCUCGCCGAAACCAUUGUGUGCAACACACCUUCUCCGCCUGUCUUCCACUCACCAGGCCAGCACUCUCGGACAAACAGCCGUGACGUCAGUGCCAUGGACACGCUGCCCCUCAACGGCAACUUCAACAGCAGCUACUCACUAGACGACGCCGCCUUCGAGAAGAUGAUCAUCUCUGAGCUGGUGCACAAUAACUUACGGCCACGGGGGCAUCCACGGUGCCAGGACGAUUCCGAGCAGCCACCCAACCCGGACCGAUGCCCACCGGGCCGCAACGCUGGGAUGGGAGGCGUCGGAGGCAGGAGCGAGGACGGCGUCAACGAUGCCGACCACCCAGCGCUGGAACUCCUUCUCCAGCCGCACCACCGCGAGGUCCUGGAGGUGCCUCUCCUUCCUCAGCGGACUCAUUCUCUCCUGUACAGUGCCAAGCAGGCAUCGCGCCAACCUGCCAGGCAGCGACAUGAUCAGGAGGACGGGGAGGAGCAGAAAGAGGUAGACGGGGCGGGGCAGAACGGAAACACGGCCUCGCUCGAUAACAGGGACUCCGUGUAUACGAGCAUGCCUGAACUCAGAGACUCGUCUCCGUCUCUGUGCCCGCAUGACGGAGAGGACGAUUGCCCUCUUUCGUCGUCCGGGCACAGCGAGACAGACGAACCGUGCCACAAAAGCAUGGGGGACAGCGUCCAGCCCGUCUCGUACUACCAUAUCAGUGAGAGCUGCAGCGGGCACGGGUUCGAGGAUAACGAGUGUCAACCUCCAGACGGCGAGACCCCCAAAGACGGGCAAAUGCAGCUCAUCACCAGCCUCUGAGCUCAUGAUCCAUUUCCUUUCUCCUUCUUUAACUAGGUGCAGUGACUUUUCUCCAAAAGACCCACAGAUGCGCUUUGUUUUUUGCCAUUUACUUGUUUUUUUGUUGUUUUCUUUUUUUUUGUUUUUUUUACAAGUUUCAAGCCAUCUGUGGUUUAAACUGUUCGGGCCGAGGUGGGAAAAGCAGCAUGCAGGCUGCUCGACGAGCAAAAGUGUUUGUGAGGAGGCUGGCGUUGUCCACACACUGGCCACCAUUUUGUAUGAUAUACUGUACUAUAUCGACAACAACAUAACGAACAUGAACAUGCCAGUGGCAUUUUCUAGAACUUCUCAAGUGUCCUAGGGUUUGUUGAUGUAAAGACGCUGGACACAAAUCUCCACAGCGAGCCCACAGACAGCGUCUCACAACUCCUGACACUGACUUUACACAAAAACGAAAGAAAGGCAACGAAAGAAAACAAACAAACAAACAAACAAACAAAAAAAAGAACCACUACUCCUGACUCAGGCCUUAUAUUUUCUCUAUUGCACAUGUAACUCUUAUAAGAAUGAUGGCUAAAGAAAAUAUAUUUUGCUGUACCACAAGUGGAAAAAAAAUUAUUAAAAAAAAAUAUAAAAAAAAAAUAGAAAAAGAAAAUGAUGAGUAAAAAAAAUAUUAUGGCAACCAUAAGUGACAUUUCGAAGAGGACAUUUUAGGGAAAGGGGGUUGCACAUUUUUUGUGUGUGAAAUCUUCUUACACUUUGUCUGUUGUAGAAGCUUUGAGAACACGAACAGAAGCCCAUAUUCACACUUCCACUUGUGAGCAGUACGUUUGCCUUCAUCGGUUAUGAAUUUUUUGAUUGUAAAAGUCUUCUUUCUUUUUUUUUUUUUAAUUUUGCCAACAAACAUGUGCAGGGGGAGAAGCCUUUCCCUUGUUUUCAACCUUAAAAGAAAAAAAAGCUACGUCUUGCACAAAUGAAUUGGAAGUGAAUUGGACUUGUGUGUAAUUUAUUUCGAUGGCAGUAUUUGCCAGGGAUACGAAUAUAUAUUUUUUUUCCCACAAUGGUUUUAAAAACAUAUCUCAGCAUUAUGACUUUAAAUAAUUUAUUAGAUGACGUAUGGAAUAUUAUUAAAUAAUAAUAAUAAUAAUAAUAAUAAUAAUAAAGAUGGAAUGAAAGUGUGCGUGAGAAUAAAAUACUGUUAAUAAUCAGUUUUUUUUCUUUGUUUUUUUGUUUUUGUUAUUUUCUUGUUUUUUUUUUUUUUUUGUAGGAACCCAUUGUCAGACGCUGAUGUAAAAUCAACUCUUGAUAUCGAAAUAAAUGUGACAAUUUCU